UUUUACCCCCCAAUAGACUGGCUGGUUGGGUCAUCUUUACCUUCAAGGUUCAGUCCAGACAUUAUUGAAGCAGUCCUAAAUGAGCUCACACCACAAAAUGUCAGAAUCUUUUGGGUUUCAACAAAAUUUGACGGUCAUACAGAUUCAAUGGAGCCUUGGUAUGGAACUGCAUAUUCAGUAGAGAAAAUAACAAGCUCCAUGAUUGAGCAAUGGAUGGAGAAGGCUCCUGAUGGAAAUUUGCAUCUACCUGUACCUAAUAUGUUUGUUCCUACCGAUUUGUCCAUUAAAACUGUCUUGAACAAGAUGAGUUUUCCAGUGCUGUUAAGGAAAUCCCCUUAUUCAAGGUUAUGGUACAAGCCGGAUACAUUAUUCUCCAUGCCAAAGGGAUACAUUAUAAUAGAUUUCAGCUGUCCCCAAUCUAGAAGUUCUCCUGAAUCAAUUGUUCUUACCUCCAUUUUCAUACGGCUGCUGAUGGACUAUCUAAAUGAAUAUGCCUACUAUGCCGAGAUUGCCGGUCUCGGUUAUUGGAUAAGUAGUCACUAUAAUGGUUUCCAGGUGACUGUGACUGGAUAUAAUCAUAAAAUGAGGGUCUUAGUGGAAAAAGUUAUUGAUAAGAUUACCAAUUUCAAAGUUGAACCUGACAGAUUCUUUGUUAUCAAGGAAUUGUUCAUAAAGCAAUAUCAAAAUUUCAAGUUUCAACAGCCAUACGAGCAAGCGUUGUACUACUGUUCAUUAAUACUUCGGGAACACGCAUGGUCAUGGAAAGAUGAACUUGAAGUCCUUCCUAAUCUUGAAGUUGAUGACCUUGUUAAGUUUUAUCCUCUGCUGCUAUCAAGGACGUUUCUGGAGUGCUACAUAGCAGGAAACAUCGACUCAAAGGAAGCAGUCUCAAUGAUCCAGCACAUUGAAGAUGCCUUUUACAAGGGUGCCCAGCCUCUAUCUCGGGCCCUAUUUGCGUCUGAGCAUCCGUCAAGUAGAAUUAUAAAGCUUGAAGAGAGCAAGAAUUACUUCUACGCUACAGAGGGCCUAAAUACGUCUGACGAAAAUUCUGCUCUUGUCCAUUACAUUCAGACGCAUCCAGAUGAAUACAUCAAAAAUGUAAAACGGCAACUAUUUGUUCUCAUAGCUAAGCAACCAGCUUUCGACCAGCUUAGAUCUGUUGAGCAGCUUGGUUAUAUUACAUCACUUUCGCGGACGAGUGAUGCUGGUGUUUGCGGAAUGCAGCUUAUAGUUCAAUCGUCAGUCAAGGAUCCAAGAUAUAUCGAGUUGCGAUUCCAGGCAUUUCUCAAGAUGUUGGAAAGUCAGCUUCAUGACAUGCCAGAUGAUGAGUUUAAGAGAAAAGUCAAUGCUCUUAUUGAUAUUAAGCUCGAGAAGUUUAAAAACUUAUCAGAGGAAACCAAUUUUUUCUGGUGGGAAAUUUCUGGUGGCACACUCAGAUUUGAUAGAAUUGAAAAUGAGGUUGCAGCACUGAAGCUGAUAACCAAAACAGACCUGGUCGAUUUCUUUAACGAAUAUGUGAACGUUGGCGCUCCUAAAAGAAAGUCAUUAAGCUUACAAGUCUUUGGAAGCUCACAUUCUUCUGAAUUCAAGGCGGAGAAAGUUGAUCCUGUUGAACCUAACGUCGUCCAGAUUGAAGAUAUUUUCUCUUUCAGGAGAUCUCGCCCUCUCUACCCUUCAUUUAGGGGAGACAUUAGCCGUUUGAAAGCUCAUGAUGCUGAGCACCAGUGAGACUAACAGUACAGGAAAAUACAAGCCAAGAAAUGGAGGUUUACAGUUAAAUGGUUACUUAACACUAUUCUGAAGCGACUUUUUUCACAAUAUACAUAGUUACAUACUGUUAGUGAUUGUACAGUAGAAACAUAAACUGUUAAGGAAGUGAAACUAGCAGUUGCUGCCUUCUUAUUUGUGGUUCUAAAAAGAAUAUUUAGCUUGGUAUAUUCCUGCU